CCCCACAACGGGCGAGUGCAUCUGUGACUGCACGUGGCACUGGCCACGAUUACAGCGGACUUCGAGCGCUCACUUCAGAGAGAGGCGACGGCGACGACUUUCCAGCCCCCGAGGCGCCUCUGAAUGACGCACGCGCAAAACUGCAUAGCGGUUUGGCCUGGGUUCACGGAAGGCCUCUGCGCACGCGCUGUGUGGGAUAGUGGCGGGCUGGAGGCGUGGCCAGAGGUUAAGAAGGGCGAAUCAGCUGAUUUAGUAACGGCGGAUCAAGGGACGGUCGUCGGCCGGGGGGGAAAGUGCCAUGGCGACCACCGUGAGCACUCAGAGGGGGCCGGUGUAUAUUGGCGAACUUCCUCAGGAUUUCCUCCGCAUCACCCCAACACAGCAGCAACAGCAGAUACAACUGGAUGCUCAAGCAGCUCAGCAGUUACAGUACGGUGGAGCAAUGGGCACUGUUGGGAGACUGAGCAUUACUGUAGUACAGGCAAAAUUGGCAAAGAACUAUGGCAUGACACGCAUGGAUCCAUACUGUAGGAUACGACUUGGCUAUGCCGUUUAUGAAACUCCUACAGCUCAUAAUGGGGCCAAAAAUCCCCGAUGGAACAAAGUUAUUCAGUGUACUGUUCCCCCUGGGGUGGAUUCUUUCUAUCUUGAAAUAUUUGAUGAGCGAGCUUUUUCAAUGGAUGAUCGCAUUGCUUGGACACACAUUACUGUUCCUGAAUCACUGAAGCAAGGAAAGGUAGAGGAUGAAUGGUAUAGCCUAAGUGGAAGACAGGGAGAUGACAAAGAAGGAAUGAUUAAUCUGGUCAUGUCUUAUACAUCCUUACCUGCUGCCAUGAUGAUGCAACCACAGCCCGUGGUCCUGAUGCCUACAGUGUAUCAGCAAGGAGUUGGAUACGUGCCUAUAACAGGGCUUGAAUACUUUGCUCUGGGAAUGCCAGCUGUUUGUAACCCAGGCAUGGUACCCAUGGCAGUUCCCCCUCCUGCAGUCAAUCCUCAGCAUGUGUGUAACGAAGAGGAUCUAAAAUCGAUCCAGGACAUGUUCCCCAACAUGGACAGAGAAGUGAUCCGUUCCGUUCUAGAAGCUCAGCGAGGGAACAAGGAUGCCGCUAUCAAUUCCUUGCUUCAAAUCGCCGAGGAGUCCUAAAUGCUUCUGUGCAUCCACCAUCUCCAUUGUUAUCCCUACUUUUAUUUGCCAAGCCAGGGAAUUAGCUGGAGGAAGAAUUUCCCAAGAAAGCAUCCUGUCUAAAAGAUUAUGUUCUCUUUUAUCUUUAUCGUUGGACAUUUGUACAUUUGUUUUUACAUAUGAUCUUUAGAAACUUCACCAUUUCUGGUAAUAUCAGUUCAACUGUUUGUGGCUGAAUUUCUGUGUGAGAGGUAGAGUUGGGGUAUCCAUGCUGCUUCUUUCUCUCGCUUUUCCUGUUUUGGAGAGAACAUACUCAUGUAUGAGAGUAGACAAGCAUAUCUGCUUGUUCAACACUAUGCAUUUAAUGGGAGGGGAUAAUAUUGAUAAGUGAGAAAAGACUGCUAUUCCAGAAAGUACUGUUACCAGACCUUUUAAAUAAAUGACCCCUUUCUGUCAGGCGCACAGAGUGCUUAAAUAGUUUUAGGGGUGGGGGUAUCUGACUAUUGCAGCAGUUUGUAACAAUUAUUAAUGCAGGUGAACUGGUUUUCUAGAAGUCCUCAUAGUCUUUCUGAUGAGGUUCCCAUGCUCAACAUAUUGAUUGGGUACUAAUGCAGUAUAUUUUGUUUUCUGCAUUUAGGGCCAACUGCUAUCAUCUGCUGUGUUGCUGUGCUUCUGAAACCCGCAGGUACUAGUUUAUCAGGACACAAUAGCAGCAGAUGUGUUGCUUCUAAUGUGUUUUGUAUGUUAGGUACACUGUUCUUGCUUCUGCAUUUAUAUACAUUUGAAACAAUGAAAGAGAAUUUUACAUCUGGGAAUGUUUGUUAUUAAUGAACGUUAUUCUUGAUUGAUUAACAGAAUGCUCUGAAAAGAAACAUAUUGCUGAAGCAGGUAUAAAGGGAGAGGAAUUUAUUUACAAGGAACAACUUCUCAGGAGAAUGCAGAACGUAAUGACUCAGUGGACCUUAAUUUUAUCAGAGGCGAGAAAUGUGAGUCUCAGUAGUGACAGUGGGAGGAGCCAACAUUAAAACAUUAAUCACCAAACAUACAGAGAGGGGAACUGUACAAAUUUAUUGUAUGUGUUUUACAGCAUAGACCUGGAAGGUGACAGAUUAUCUCCAUUUAACCAGUGAGGUUUUUUGUGAAAGUGAAGUAAUGCACUUUAAUAUAUACAUUAUGUGUUAUAAUCUGCAGCUUGGCUUUUUGCUGGUCUUUUUUUCAAAAAGGAAUACUUUCUCUAAUUCAGCUGUACGUUGUACUUCUCAAGGAUUUGAACACAGCUCACAGGCAAUUCACAUUGGCUGUGAAUUUUAUUGCUUUGGAAGAAGAGCUCAUGGUUUCUGUCUUGCAUCUGUUUCGCUCCUCUCCAUCAAGCUUUUUGUUCUUUAAAAAAACCCUUGUGUCCACUUACUUAUUUUUGCAUAUCACCUUGAAUGCACCUGGUGUGACCAGCUAUAGUUCAAAUAUUUAUUUUUUUAUGAUUAAAGUAUAUGUGGGAAAAUAAUGUUUAAAUAUAGUACCAAAAAUAUGUGGGUUUUUUUCUACUGUUUGAUGUUUAUAACUUAACUGUUCUUCUAUUUGAUUAGACUGCCAUUUGUAAGUGUUAAAUUCUUUCUCCCUUCUGCCUACUUCUGUUGUUUUUUUAAAAAAAUCUUCAUGGAUACAGUUAGUUGUGAGGUGGGUUUUUCUGUAACCUGCUCUAGAAAAAGAGCAUAUUCAUCAUAAAAUUAGAUUUGCUAUUUUCUUCAUACUCCACAGAACGUCCAGAUUAAUAUUAAGAUUUAAUGAUGUACAUUUAUGUCAUUAGCAUCAUAGCGGGGAGACUCCUGUGGCAUUUAGAUAUUUAAGGGGAACAUUACUCAAAAGUUGUCAUGAAAACCUGGAAUAAUUAUUUGUUCAUAAAAUCUUCUGCUGUAGCAUGAUAGGAAUGGAAUAGGAACUACAGGAUGCAAAAAUUGCUUGUAGUUUACAAAUGAUCUCAGAUUGCCUAUCUGAUCCUUUUAGAGUUGAAUUACAAACAUAUUCAAAUCAAUUUUGAGAAUGAACUUUCACAAUGAACAUAGACAUGGGAAUGUUAUAUUCAGUCUAGUUUCUGGAAAGUUACAAGAUAGAAGACAUGUGUAAAACAUGUGAAUGUUCAGCAAUCAUUAAGCAGCAUUUUACAUAAUAAAUCAGACAACUUUUGUGGAUUGUGAGUAGUAAAUUGAUAGUUAAUUCUGUCUGUGUUCUAUUAUAAUGAAGAACAUGACAAUACACAAUCUUUUGUGAAAUUAAUAGCUGGCCUCACUGAUUACUGUAUUUUCUUUGUCCUUAAAAGUGAAAGGAGUAAGUGCAAGUAUGGCCACACUCAUCUUGCAUAUCUCUGCUGGGUUGCUGUUUGGAAUAAUAAACUGUCUAAAGCAUGCACGGGGAAAGCCAAUACUUGAAAAGUUACCACGGAUUUUAAUUAGAAUUGCCUUUCGAAUAUUUGUGAACAAGAUUUGGUUACAAGUUGCUGAUGUGCAGAACUGAAAUUCACUAGUCUGUUGUUUAAACUGUAUGCUGUGUCACACACAAUUCGUGUCUGUUUUAUAUAUGCUUCUCUUAACAGAAUAGCAUAUUUGGCUUUGUACAUCUCUCUGUAGCUCAGGAGCUGCAGUGGAAUUCUAGUAUUUGCUGAAAGUUGUUGGCAUUAACUUCAGUCCUACCAAGAUCCUGUAGUUGGCUAAAUUCAGGAAUAUUUUUGUCUAGCUAGAUGCUUUUCAACUUUUCUCUACUGCUAUUUGAUGCGUGCUGAUGGUCCCAAGUGUUUCUGUUUGCAGACAUAACUGCUUGUGUUGGCUGGCCUAUAAUACUGUAUUGGGGAUGUUCUGCUCUAAUUCUGAAGACAUUUUAUACUGUAUUGAGGUUACUAUGUUUUGUCUCCUGCAUUGUAAAUUCUUCUUUUUCCUAUUCUAUUUAAUUUAAUAAAUGUGUACUAUAUACAAGGCCAUGAAAAUAUAUGGUCCUUUACAAGAGGCAUUGUGCAUCUCAGCAUGAGUAAAUUCCAGAGACUGAAAAUUG